GAGAGAGAGAGAGAGGAGAUCGCAGCCGCAGGUGGAUCCACUGAAAUGGUCAUCAAAAUGCCCCCAUCUUGGGUCUACGCUUUUGGUUUUACUACAUUGCCGUGUGUUGGCGGAGCUAUUGCCGGUUUGAUAACCCGGAAUGAGAUUUCUCAUUGGUACGCGACUCUGAAGAAGCCCUCAUGGUGUCCAUCCAAUGAGAUAUUUGGCCCUGUGUGGACAGGACUGUACAUAGGCAUGGGCUAUGGUUCUUACCUGGUGUGGCAGGACCUGGGCGGAUUCAACAAGAGUGCCUUAGUCCCACUCGGUUUAUACGGAACCCAGCUCAUACUCAACUGGUUGUGGACUCCUAUUUUCUUUGGCCAACACAAGAUUGGUGCCGCUUUAAUUGAAAUAAUCUGCCUGUAUGGUACAGCCGCAGCAACAACUGUCUCCUGGUACUCCAUCAAUAAGACCGCCUUUUAUCUCAUGCUUCCUUACAUGAGCUGGCUGACCUUGGCUUCCGUCCUGAACUACGUCAUCUGGAGAGACAACCGGGAUAAGCAGGAGUAGAAACAUCUCCUUGCUGGCUGCUGUGGAGGCCCAAGGAUCCCAAUCCAGCCCAACCACAAUCUCUAACAAUACCCAGUGCAAGAACAAAUUGCAUUGACCACACUUAAAAUGAUUUUAAAACAAUCGGUGUUUCUGUUACUUUGUAAUUAGUGUCACCUUGAACUCCACCAACUUGUAACCAUUAUUGUUUAAAAUAUAUUAAAAAAACUGAUAUU